CACGAAAAUGAAGUCAGGACUCUUACGCAUAUGUCUCGUGGUGUCCACAUUGGUCUCAUUUGUUCUUGGUGCACUUUCCAAUUCUCAAUUGCAAUCGUUGGUCAAGUCUCAAGGCAGAACCAAAGUGAUUACUCUCACUGAUGAAAACUACGAACAAAUCCUCAAUGGACCCAGAGACUACUACUUGGUCGUUUUGUUGACCUCAGAGGCUCCACAAAUCAACUGUGUAUUAUGUAAAGAGUUCCGUCCGGAAUUCGAAUUGUUGGCCAACUCGUGGGUUCAGGAUCAUCCUGACGGGUUAACCAAGAAAGAGUUGGAAAUCAAUGACGAGGACCCUCCAUCCAUUUUGCCUAAGAACGUCUAUUUCCUUCGUUCCGAGUUCAUGGAAUCACGUAGCUUCUUCCAGAUCUUUGCCUUAAACUCGAUUCCCAAAGUUUUCCUCUUUCCUCCAUCGGAAAAGGCUGGCCCCAAUAACUUCAUUGGUGAAGUGAAAGAAUACCAAUUCUUCGCAGGUAGCCAUAGCGAAUUGCUCAAAGCUUGGGUUUCCGACCAGACAGGCCAUAAACUCAACAUCUACAUCCCAACUGACUACUACCGUAUUGGAAUCAACGUCUUUAGUGUAGUUACGUUGGUUCUGUUAUUGGUUAGAGUCAGAAAGCAAGUCGCUUCCGUAGUCACAUCACGUGUAUUGUGGAGUGGACUUUCCUUAAUUGCUAUCUUGUUAUUGACUACCGGCUAUAUGUUCAACCAAAUCCGAGGCGUUCCCUACCACAAGGAACAUGAAAAUGGCAAGAUUGAGUACUUUAUGCCAGGCCAGCAGAACCAGUUCGGUGUGGAAACCCAGAUCGUGUCUUUUAUCUACGGUAUGCUCAGUUUGCUUGUCAUAGUGUUGAUCAAAAGAGUGCCAGAGAUCAAAAGUUCGAGUGUAUUCUUGACGGCUGUCAUCUUUGUGAGUACCUUGAUCUUUUUAUUUUACAGUCUUUUACUUUCCAUUUUCGGAGUCAAGGGUGUAGGUUUCCCAUACAAACUCCUUGAGCUCUUCUAGUAUACAUGUCUAUAGAUAUUCAAAAUACUAUACAAUCAUUGCUUCGU